AUGGCGUAUUCAAGCCGAUUCCACGGAUUCAGAUCGGCCCCAAAGAUGCUCAAGUGGCUAGCCAUAAUUGGACUGGCCUACGUCCUGGUCCAUGCCGAAGACAAAUCGGUGAGUUUGGGGGGAUUUGGGAGGUUAAUCUAAUUUUGUUUCAACUUUUGGGCUUACUUACUUUUGUUUUUUGCAUUUGUUUUGAUUUUUGAAUUAAGAAACUCGUAAAUAAAUUUACAUUGUGAUAAAACCAUUUUCGACCCUUUAAUAUUUCAGGAAGAGACAGACGUGAAGGAUGGGAAAGCCGGCGGUCAUUACUAUCCCCCUCAACAGCACUAUUACCCUCCCCCACCUCCAUACAAACGACCACGCAAACCAGUCCUCAUCGACGGUUCGUCUCUUAACCUUAUCUCUCAAGUCGUUUUAUUUUUUAACAUUAAUUUUAUUAUUUCCAGACUACGUUUGUGACAUUGAUGCCUCUAUCUUGGUGAUCACCACCAAGCCCGGAGACAACAAUGGGUACAACCCACCUCCCCCUCAAGGUGGAUACGGCCAAACCCCACCCCAACCACCUCCAGUCUACGGCCAGCCUCCUCCACCUCAAUCUUAUGGUCAAGGCCCACCACCAACACAAGGAGGAUAUGGCCAGCCUGGAUAUCCCCGAUCCAAGAGACAAACCCAAUAUCCAGCUCCCCCACCUUCCUCAGGCUACGGUCAAAGUCCCCCACCAACUUAUGGCCAGCAACCCCCUCAACCUCCAGCCUAUGGGCAGCAGCCCCCUCCAACCUAUGGCCAAGGAGCUCCACCUCCAUCAAACUAUGGCCCUCCACAACCACCAGCUUACGGCCAACCCCCUCAGGGUGGAUAUGUCCCCCCAAUCUAUGGCCCUCCACCCAAGCUCAGCGAGCCCAAGGCCGACCGUCUCCGAUGCUCGGCCAUUGCCUUCACCUCGUUGAGAGACUGCCAGAAAUGUUGCCAGAUCGCUGCCCGCAAGGAUCAGAGCAUCCCAAAGGUACGUUUGCUUCUUUGUCAUAUUCUUUCAACACAUUCUGUCUUCAAAAAAAUUUUAGUUUGUACAUGACAACUGUCGUAAUACCAUAUUUAUUCCAGAGCGACAUUAUCGGCUUCCUUCUGGACUUCAACCAGCUCGACUUUGGAGGAGAAUCCCCGAUCCCAACGUACGUUGGAGUCACUCAAGCCCCGCCACCAGCCUAUGGAGGAUCUCCAGACGGCGGAUACGGAAGCUAUGGGUCCGGAGGCGACAACAAAUGUAUCUGCUGUGCCCCCAAACGCAAGGUCUACGCCCCUCCCCCACCACCGUCCUACGGCCAACCAACCGGCUACUAUUAA